AUGCAGCGCUUGUCAUUCCCGGUCUUUGUCAACUUGGAGAAAGCUUCUGGUCUUGCUUUCACGCAGAAGGUAGCCAAUGCCAUCAAGUACCAGGUCCAGUACAUGCAGGAGGGCUGCCAUGUGUUGAAGCAAUUGGAGAAGUAUCGCAAGUUGGGGUCUGAUGCCGAGGCCCGUGUGAAAAACGAUGUGAAGUGCGGAGCCAUCUUUGGGUACCUGAAGCAGUUGGAGCAACUUGCAGGUGCACGGGAAAAAGCCUCAACAGUCACAGCUGCUUUGUCAGGGACGGACCCGGUUGAGUUUUCCAAGCUCAAGGAGGUCGAGCUGUGCACCUUGGAGAAGCCCUUCAAUGUCCCAGAGGAUGUAUUGGAGUCGGUGCGUAUGAUUGUCAGUGAUCUUGACCAGCAGGUGGACAAGGGUGUAGACAGGUUGUCAGAUAUUACUUGUGGCUUGCACCUCCCAGACAAGACGUGGACUGCGGAGCUGAAGAAAGACAGCCCCAUUGCCGAUGUCAAGAAGUGCGCAUCAUCAAAGCUGGACUUCGACGUUUCAGGUUUGCAAGGCACGCUGGAUUCGCUCAAGGAGGUGAACACCCGGAUCACGUCUUGGAGAAAGAGGCUGACAAGCAUCGUGUCCAUGCCGGGCAUGAAGGCUCUUUCCCAGGACAUUCAGAAGAUGAGUGAUUGUUUGGGGUGUGAUCUCAGGUGUGGCUACAUCUUCCGUUGUGAGGGUGUGCUUGCAAGCGCUGUCUUGGAGAGCAAUCAGAGCGAAGCAGUCAAGCUGGUUCGCAAAGAGAUCGCAUUCCUGGCGGGCAACCACUGGCAGGUAGGCAUCACUGAAGAGAACAUUCAUGAGGCGCUUUUGGCAGCGGCCAAGUCGCUCUUGCCGCGCAAGUGA